AACGGUCCUUCCUUUACAGUGCGCGACUCCCGGGGAUUCCUCUUUUUGCACGUGCUGCCGCGGUCACGUGACUCUCGAACGCAGUAGAGAGCAAGAGGUCCUCGCGAGCUGCUGGGCGUUAUGGACGAGCCGCCUGGUUUCCGGUAGCCUACGUGCGCGACGCGUGAGCUCGCGCGCGCCGAGCCAGACAGACAGCCAGCCAGCCAGCCAGCCAGCAUGGCCCCGAUGCUCCUGCAGAAACUGUUCAGCAAGAAAGCCGCGGCCACCAUCGGGGGCGCACGAGAGUGCGCGAUAGACGCGGAGAAUCGUUGGGCUUCUGCCGAGUUUGAUCUCGCACAAAUCCGACUGAUUGUGUAUCAGGAUUGUGAAAGAAGGGGUCGCCAAGUUCUCUUCGACUCCAAGGCUGUACGGAAGCUCGACCCAUCUGAACUGAAUGUCGAGGAGACGACAAAAGCCCCGCCCACCCAGAGUGGCGCAUGCCAAAACGGCUGCAAGGCAAAGCAGAAAGAAACCCCGCCCACUUAUCAGUAUACAAGACCAUCUUCCGACGUGAACAUGCUCGGGGAGAUGAUGUUUGGCUCCGUUGCCAUGAGCUACAAGGGUUCGACGUUGAAGAUUCACCACAUCCGAUCCCCUCCGCAGCUGAUGGUCAGUAAGGUUUUCUCGGCACGCUGUGGCAGCAGUAACGCGGGCAGCACCAACACUCUCCAGGACAGCCUCGACUCCAUUAGCCAAACCUGCCCGAGUCACAGCAGCAGCAGUAUAGCUCAUAGUAAUCCUGUGGACAUGCCCGGCCGUGGACACAGCGAAGACAGCGACAGUGGCAUCGCUCGUUCAGCAUCACUCAGCAGCCUCCUGGCCACGCCCCUCCCUUCGCCCGGUUCGUCCUACAGCAGCGGGUGUGCCAGCAGUUACCAACGGCGAUGGCUCCGUAGCCAAGCAACCAGCCUCCAGCAUGGCUUGAUCCCUCGCUGGAGCACGGACGAGAUGUUCAGCCUGUCAGACGAGAGCUGCACCUCGAACCCCGGGCUGGGCCGCAGGAAGAAGAUCGCAGUCAGCAUCAUCAUCAGCCUCCCGGAGAAAGAGGAGGAGAACCAAAGCUUCCAGGAGUUCUUCUUCUCCCACUUUCCCCUGUUCGAGUCUCACAUGAACAAACUGAAGACUGCCAUCGAGAGGGCAAUGAUUGUGUGUCGGAGAGUAGCAGAGCCUAGUCAGCGAGUGCAGGUGUAUCUGUGUCGGGUUAUGGAGGCACUGGGAGAGUUCAGGAUGACCGUGUGGAACCUGUACAUGGCUCCACGGAUCACCGAACCCAUCUGGCUGACCAUGGUAUCCCAGAGUGCCGAGCGACACCAGCUGUGCCAGCGUUUCCUGAAGGAGAUGAGCCUGCUUAUGGAGCACGGGGCCAAGAACCAGUUCCUGUCUUCUCUCCUCACUGCUGUCCUCAUGUACCACCUCGCCUGGGUUCCCACGGUGAUGCCUAGCAACCACCCACCAAUUAAAGCCUUUUACCAGAAACACUCUUCCCAUACGGUAGACCUGCUGGCCAAGUGUCACCCCUACAACCCACUGUGGGCUCAGCUAGGUGAUCUGUAUGGUGCUUUAGGUUCUCCUGUUCGAGUGUGUCGUACUGUGGUUGUCGGACGCCGCCGUGAGCUGGUGCAGCGCGUCCUCUACGUUCUUUCCUACUUCAUCCGUUGCUCUGACCUCCUGGAAAACACACUUCCUCACGCACAGACGGACAGUCCAGUCAAUCCGUGCCCUUCUCAAACCACUAACCCCUCCCCCUGUUCUGAGAGGACCAAUGAGAAACCACUAACCUGUGAUUCAGAGGCUGUAAACUCCACCCUUUACUCUGAAAGGACCAAUGAAAAAACAGCUGACACAAAUCCUACAGACCCAACUUCCAGUCGGGAGGAAACCGGCGACUCUGAAUCAGCUGGCUCUUCCCCUUUUUCUGAAAGAUGCGAUCGGGAAUGCUCACUGCAGAUGGGACUAGAGCACACGUUGGCCAAUCCGAGCCCUCCUGUGCACAGAGUGAGGUUCAUGAUCGGCAGCCCGAAGGAGGCGGAGAACGACAGACAAUGUCGGAAUAGGACUGGACCUAGGUGUGGGCGUGGCUUACACAGGAAGAUGCCCAGUAGGCUUUUAACAGACAGCUUGGACAGUUCGGAUGAGGAGGAAUCGUCUCUCGGGCAGACGUGCACAGGAGACGAGAUGCAGCAACAUGAACUACCGUUACCAAGCUGUGACAUGGAUAUCCGCCCCGACGUGAACCAUUUCGGUCGCUCUCUGCUCGGAGGUUACAGCCCGCAGUACAUGCCCGACUUCGUCCUGCACGGCGUCACCUCGGAUCAGCGGCUCAAGCAGUGCCUGAUGGCCGACCUGGAACACACGGUACUGCACCCUUCGCUGGACGAGCCGGUGGCCGAAGCCGUGUGCAUCGUCGCAGACACGGACCGCCUCUGUGUUCAGGUGGCCACGACGCAGCGGCGCGUGUGUGAACCGGGCCAGAUAGGAAGAGACGUGAUGGUCUCCAACCUCAUACACACACUCCUCACAUCUGUGCUGCAGCUGCACGCACUCAACAUGGCCGCAGACUUCUGUGUCAUGCAUUUAGAGGACCGCCUGCAGGAGGUGUACUUUAAGAGCUGUUCUUUGGCAGAAUAUCUGAGAGGACAGCGACGAGUCCAUGUAAAGGAACUAGGACUAGCUCUGGGGAUCGAGUCCAGUGAUCUUCCACUACUCGCAGCGGUCGCCAGCACACACUCGCCCUACGUCGCUCAGAUCCUCCUGUGAAAAAAGGAGCGGCUUCCACUACGCCGACCAAUCAGAGUGCGCUCCUGCCCACAGCAGACCAAUAAGGAGCCGAUCUCCUUGGCCGACGAUCAGACCAAUCAGGAUCACGUCGCUAGCCUUUAGAAGAGAGAUCGGGCUUGUAAGCUUUACAUCCUCUCCAGACUGAGUGUGUGUGUGUGUGUGUGUGUGUGUGUGUGUGUGGGCUUUUAUUUUCCACAGUGUUUUGUCUUAAAAAGAAAAGGAAGACUGGAACAGGAAGAACGAUAACACAAUGUAUAGUACAACAGACGACUAAUUAAAGGAUUUUUAGCGGGACGAGGUUUAAAACCUGGGCACAACGCUAAACCUGCAGCUUUUUAUUUUCUCCUAAUUUGCUGCCUGCUGGUACAUGAUUUUAUUUUUAUUUAUUUAAUUUUUUUGUCUUUCUACAUUUUCCUGAACCGCACGCGCUGCCUGAGAUCGACGCGAAGCAAACAAGAGGUCACUUUAUAAAUAACACACAGUUUACAGCAGUUGUUCUUUUCUGCAAAUCACAGUUUUACAGAAUUAAAUCCCACCCUGUAAUCCAGAACCACAGAUCCGGCUAAUCGAGUACACAGAUUAGGAUUAAGAUUAGGGACGGUGUUCAGGCUCGAAGAUCUGCAGAAACGGGGUCGGUUUACAGAAUCCGGACUAAGUAUUUAUUUUAAGAAGCAGUACGCGUCGAUCAUCUUGAAUCAUUUCGAUUUGUUCUUUUCUUUACUUUAGUGUUUGAUUUUGUUUUGGCUCCCUCUUGUGGUGGCAGUUAGGUUUACACUCACUCUCUUCAUAAAGACCAAGAGAAAAGAAAGAUUUUACUACCAGAGCUGUGUGUCUCUUUAAUUUUUUUUUUUUUUUUUGCACUAUUAUGGUCUUAUUUAUCUCUACAUCAAGCUCUAACUGUAUUUUUUUAAUGAUGGCACAUGUAGUCUUUACAUAAUAAGCCACUGUUAACAGCUUUCUUUCUUUGUGUGUGUGUGGGGAUGGAUGGGUGGAUGGAUAACUCGUAUCAGGUGCUACCAUGUUAUACACUGUGUAAGAGUAUGUUAAAACAAACUAUUUUCUAUACUUUAAGUAUACACUUUUACUAAUCCCCGUGUCUUUUCCCUCCUGUUAAGCCGCAUCCAGCUCUGUUCAGAUUCAGGCUAAUACUCCAGUCUUCGUUUUACCUUAAAAGUCUUACCUUUCUUUAAAUGUUCCAGAGACUCUUCGUUAUUUUUAUACACUAAGUUCUACCUCACGGUUGCUUUUAAAAGCAGUCCUGAUCUCAGACAUGAAAGACGAGCGCCGAGGUGGGCAGAUCUUACCGCCGCGGCCGAGAAAACUACGGCCGAGGGUUCGGACGCUUCGUGCGAUUCGAAUAAUUCAUGUUUUUUGUUUCGUUUUGUUUUUUAAGUUUGAUCCUUGGAUAUGGAAUAAAGUCGAAUAAAAAUCUGUUUUAA